UUUCAAACGUUCAUGAUCCCCUCGGUUCAUCAUGACACUUCCACUGUCGCUCCUCUGCAGUCCUUGCAAGCCUCGGAGCAUUCUCCAUGGCACAUCUUGGUGGUGUCUACUACCAAACUGUCUCCGUCAUCGCACAGGCCCAGGAGGUCAUGGUGUCCUUCCCUGUGUCGAAGCGGCCGUUCAGUCGUCUGGAGCUCAACGAGAGCGAGCGGCGACGGUUCCACUUACAAGCCACCGAACUCCUGGGCGAUGCGCUCAAGGAGUAUGAGGAGUUCGCACUAAUCCGUCACCGCCAGAUAGACCGCCGUCGCUGGAAGCCAGUCAAGCACCACGAGAACAUCGAAGUGUACCGCGAGUCGCGCUCUUACGCCGUCAGUCGCUCGCUAAGUGUCGAGGACGAGAAAACGUUCGCGCGGGCCGCGGUCAUGGCCCCCAUCUCGUCCUCGGGACGUCGACGCGUUUCUCGAUCCAGUUCCAGUUCGGCCGGGUCCGGGUCGGGCUCCAUCUCGACGAUUCAUGAGCUUCCAGCCCACCAAGCCACGGAACUGGAACUUCUCACUGGAUGGGGCCCCACAGCCACGGAAGUUCGAGAACACAAGAAGAGGAAUAAGAGCAGGUCAGCCAGUGUCAGUGGCAACUUAGAACAGCUUCCAACACUGUUAGGAGUUGGGAAUAUCAUUGGUUCACUCGACGACGUCAUGUACGGCAUCGCAGCCCCGGACUGCGCUAGUAUGGCGCUCAAGAACGCCAUCGCGCACGAGGACGUGCUAGAUGGAGAUGUGCUGUGUGCUAUCGAAGGUCCAUCACAGCGCAGUCCGUUCCGGUUCCUCGGUAUCAAGUGGUUGGUCCAAUCCAUGACUGGAACAACGGUUAAGCACAAACUGACGUCGGUGAGGGACCUGGUCUACCUCGAGGCGACUGGUGUUAUUACGCGUGGUGACGGCAUUAGGAUUGGCUACCAGAUCAUGCACUCGGUCAAGUUACGUGACUGUCCGGAGCUUUUUGACUCGCAUGGCGUUAGUCGGGCACAGUGCGAAAGCGUCCACUUGUUUGUCGAACUUGACAGCAGGACAGUCGAUGUGUUCAUGAAGUCCAAUGUGACGCCCAACGGCAAAAUCUCCGAGUCCGCUGCGCUGCAGAACUGCGCGAAUUCACUGCUAUACUGCGGUAGGACGGUGCAGUGUUCGCGGGACAAGAAGCUGACGUGGCAAUUGCAGUGCAGCCAAGGCACAGACAAACAGGAUACCAAUGGGAAGGCCACGCGUUGCAAAAUUUGCAACAAGUCAUUCGGCUUCCUCCGACAGAGUCUAGAGUGCAAAUUGUGCUCGGGCGCGAUGUGCUCCAAGUGCUGCGUCGAACGCACUCUGAAGAGCGUGGAUACUUCAGGCAACAAGCGGCAUGCGAGCAAGUUUGUAUCGACGAGUGUGCUGGAGCUAUGCACGAGUUGUAUCGCCACGAACAGGCAGACAAGUGCUCUGACUAUUGCGAGAGAAGAAGUGAUGGCUGGACGGUUUGGCCCCGUUCCGCUCAAACGUGAUAGCAAUCACUCGAAUGAUUCGGUUGGUACCAUUUGCAUCGACGAUAUUCCAGGCCAACGCGAGCAUCACGCACGUCCGCCACUUCAAUUGGAAAGCAACUCGAAAAGAGGCCACCGCCCUCCGAACAAAGAGGACGGAAGGAGAAGCCAUCGCAAUCAUCGUGAUGAAGAGGACCCAGUUUCAAAACGAGGAUACGCAUCUCCGUCGUCAAACUCGAACCAAAUGCACGAGUUACCGAAGAUCAGAACUCGAUCUGGAAGUCGCCACGAGCCUAUUCCGGUGCGUCAGCCAGCCUUUAGACGAGGAAACUCUGCUGAGGAGGAUUGCUACCACGAGCGCUAUUUGCAACGAGAGAACACCUCACGUAACAAACAUUAUCCUGUGUAUGGGAGCUCUCCGGUGGAACUUGACAACUCUGGAAGGGGAAGUCGUGGCUUGCCGGUAGACUUGAGUGACCUGGAGGACACGUUGCCAUACACUCCAAGUAAAGAGAGCAUCAGGAGGACCACAAGUUCAAGUGACAGCAGCUACGAAAGCAUUCAAAUAUCGGGUAUUUCAUCUCUACGGAUGACUGCGCAAGAACCGGAAGCUGAGAAGGAGGAGGAGGAUGUUCGCGAUACGUUCGACAGCUUUGGUGAUCUCAUCGACAUCCGCGACAACUUGGACGAUGUGGUUGAAACGCUGGAUACCAAAGACAUGGAAGCUGUGAAGCGAGCAUCUCAGGUUAAUCGCAACUUGUGGCAGCAGAUUGCCGACCUUCGUGAUGCUGCAGAGAACGUCUACCAGUACACAAAGGAAAGCACUGCAAUGCACAUGACUCAGGGAGGGUCAGUGCGACCACAACCGCGUCUCGACCACUAAGUAAGUAACUCAGAAUCGGGUUAGCGAAAGAAUGGCAGUAGCCUAUUUACUGGAAUAUCAAAAGUUUUGAAUCGAUGAUAAGAUCUU